AUGUCCAAGUCUUUUGUCUUGUUCUACAUCGUCAUUGUGAUCCUGGUAGAAAAAACUGUGUCUUUUCCCCGCGAAAUUUACUUCGAAGGAGAAUCUUAUCGAGUCGAAGGUGAUAAUCGUCUUCUUCGUGUCGCGAAAAAAUGUACCGGUAAUCGAUUAGGCCUGUAUGUUCCAUACAACGCCGUGAAAUUUUUCUGGUCGGGCUUCGGUGUUGCUGAUAGUGAUAAAGUCGCUGCAGAAAUUGCUCAGCAUGUCGCGGAGAAGGAAGGCAAGAAGGGUGUCACACUCGAAACACUUCUCGAACUCGAGGAAAACCGACAUAUCAAGCCAUGCAAAUGGACAGUGCCAGUCACACCUGAAUGUCGCCAGUUCUGGCAAGAUCUUUCAUGUGAAUACGCAUCAACGGCAAGAGGAGAAGUUCGAGUCAUUCUCGGACCGCGAGUUAGUCCGACAAGUGCAUGGCUAACCACGGAAAAAGAUCAGUUAGAAUACCUUCGAAGUAACGGACAAGACUUAUGGGGUUUUAAACAAUAUGAAUUGGAAAGCGUCUAUUGCAAAGACAUGGCCACUCAUCAAACAAGAGUUCCCGAAAUCAAACAAGAGAUUUGUAUGCGAAAAGUUUAG